AUGACUUCAAAAUCUUUCCUCUCCUCGUCCCCUCGCACUUCAACACCCUCCUUUCCACCCUUUUUCCCGCCUAAUCCUCCACCCAUUUUCCCCCUCUCACCGCCUUCACCACCCCCCUCCCCUCUCCUCCUUUCCGUUUCCCCCCUCUCCCCCUCACCGUCACUCCACCAGGUGGCGAGCGGGAUCUGCGAUAACCUGCUGACGUGCAUCGUGCGCGCGUGGGACUUCGGCAAGCCGCUGCUGCUCGCGCCCGCCAUGAACACGCACAUGUGGACGUCGCCAUUCACCGCGCGCCACGUGGCGAUCUUAGAAGGGCUGGGCGCGGAGCUGGUGUCGCCAAUAAGCAAGCGCCUGGCGUGCGGGGACGUGGGCACGGGCGCAAUGGCGGAGCCCGCCAGCAUUGAGGCGGCCGUCCGCCAGGCCAUCGCCGCCAUCCGCCAGGCCAUCGCCGCCAUCCGCGCGGAGAAGCGCCAGGCGCUGGAGGCAGGGCCCUCCAAACCCUAA